AGGAUGCCCUGCGAAAAGUGCAAUGUGAAGUUUGGCAUUAUAACGCGCAAAAAGUCUUGCUAUGAAUGUCAUCGACUGUUCUGCCGGAACUGUCUUGCGAAGCGGCAGGAUCGCUUCCUCUGCCCAAACUGUACCAUCUUCACCAAAAGGCCUCUUUCGCGCAUCGAUCUGGCCCAGCUAAAGGUGAAGGAUCUCAUCUUUUAUCUGCAGUCGAAACACAUUUCUACAUCCGGUUGCGUUGAAAAAGACGACCUGAUCAAUUUGGUCAUUGCUCACGUAAAUUCGGGCGGUAGCUCGCCGCAUACACCGGGAAGUUUUAGUGCCACAUCGUCCAACACGGAAUCGGCUUCCGGAGGUUCGUCACGCUACGGGAGCUUCUAUAGGAACGGAACAAAAAACUGUACAAACACGUUCGAUCAGAUUAAAAACACAUGCCAGAACUUAUUUUCUACAUUUUCGGAUAAAUUAAAUGGAGACGUUCCCGAGAAUGGUCGACCCAGCACCGUUUUCGCAACGCAGGAAGAACAGCGUCACAUAUUCACGCAGCCUCGGUUCGGCAGCAACAAUGUUUACCAUUCCGUCGAUCCAAGCGUGCAUCUCGGAGACGGUGGCAGCAAUUUUCAUCCAAACACCGUACAUUCCGAGGGUGACGAUAGUAACCAAAGAACGGAACAGCCGUACGAUGCAGAACUGGGAGAGCGUCCAGGCCACUUUAGCAGUGGUGGAAGUAGCAGCGGAACGACAAGCGGUGCCGAUUCCAGUGCUGCCUCAUCGUCCUUUUCAUCGCCCAGCCGGAACGCGUCUUCUCCGCUGUUGGGCGAUCAGCAACCCUCGGCAAUCGGUGGACAAACGCAAGCCAUGCUAGACGAUCGCAUUGAAAGCAUACUGGCGCUGGAAACUGGCGGUACAGGCUGUGAAUGCUGUACCGACGAUGAGGACGAAGAGCGAACUGAUGUUGCCAGAGCGAAGGAAGCAGAUGCGGGAGCGAAAAUUGAAGAAGAUGUGCCACCAUGCUCGAAACAAUCCCGUCGAAGCCUUUCCCAAUCGAAUCUGUUAGCACCACAGGUGGCCGGUCCGAGUGCGGACACGUCGGCCGCAACUACGAAGCUUGCCUCACGUAGUCAAACGCCUUCGUCAUCGUUCGACGAUCUGCUGGCCGAUGGGGAAGGAAGUAGCAGCAAUGCGGAUCAAGCAAUCGCUCAGGACACGCUUGCCGCUACCACAACCGAUACGGAUGCGCUGGCAACGACUGUAGCGUCGAUCGAUGACACGGACCAGUGGCAGAUCGUCAAUACCUCAGACACGAACGGUGGCGUUACGCUGGAAGCGGCCACCAACAGUGAGCUUCCGAUGACGGACGCAACAAACGAAGCGACCACAGCCAACGAGGAAGAGGAAAGUAGCGACAGCAUUAGCAAUUCUGUUGAGAUUAAAUCAAAAGCACCGCCGUCGGUGCCGGUGCUCGGACACAGCCCAUCCGUGGGUUUGACGCGCGCCACCCUUAUUACGCGCCGCAGAUCGGACAGUUAUUUGCUAUCGGAAGGACGCGGUACGGUGCGUCAGCAAUCGAUUGGAACGGGUCCAAUCGUUGAGCAACCGUACCCCGUAGUGUUACAACGUGCCGGUACAUCGCGAUCAUUGCAGCCAACGGAAGGAGCGACAACGUGCGACGAUACCAUGCCAACCACUAGCCAUCCAGCCAACGCGCCAACCAGCACCACGCACGGUAUGUGCUUCCGGUGUGGAAAACGGCGCAAUGGCAUCCGUCGGCAGUUGAAGAAGUUUCGCAAACAGCUCGAAACGGCUACCGUUCCGGAGGUGGAAAAGCGUCGCCAGCUGGAAGCGUUCCUCAACUAUCUCGAACGACGCAGCAAAGGUUCGUUCGAGCUGACCGAUUCCGAGUCGAUCACGGAAGAGGCAAGCGUUAGUGUGGGUGAAGAGGCGAGUGGCGUGGUGGCAACGACACUUGAUACGCGUGGAACUAAUGGACAGCAGCAGGCCUACUCCUAUCCGAAACCCUCGGAGGAAGAAGGAUCCAUUUGUACCAAUCUGUACUCCUCCGGUAACCAGGAUUUGGCUAACAUGAAGCAGAUCAAGCUGAGUGACAUUAAGGAGAGUGCGGACCUGGACGUGCUCUCAGUGAAGCAAUUGAAGGGCAUUCUGAUGGUAAAUCGGGUCGAUUUUAAAGGCUGCUGUGAAAAGGCCGAACUACGCGAGCGGGUGCUACGGCUGUGGCGUGAUUAUAAAUCUAUCCCAUCAAUCGAAAAACUUCCGUCGGACGAUUUGUGCAAGAUUUGCAUGGAUGCGCCCAUCGAGUGUGUGAUACUGGAGUGUGGCCACAUGACUACGUGUACCGCGUGCGGUAAGGUGCUAAGCGAGUGUCCAAUAUGUCGCCAGUAUAUCGUACGGGUAGUGCGAUUCUUCCGAGCCUAA